GGAAUGAAUGGGCUAUAAAUAGCGGCCAAUGGGCGGCUCGCGACGCGCCCCUUAAGAGCCCCGGGAGCGGAGCAGCCCCGUUCGCCUGCGCCGCGCUGGAGCUGCAGACGGACGAGCACCCCCGCCCGUAACCCGGCCCUUCGCCGCCGCCAUGCCCUUCUCCAACAGCCACAACGCGAUGAAGAUGAACUUCCCCGCCGAGGACGAGUACCCCGACCUUAGCCGCCACAACAACCACAUGGCCAAGGUGCUGACCCCCGAGCUGUACGCUGAGCUGCGCGCCAAGAGCACGCCGAGCGGCUUCACGCUGGACGACGUCAUCCAGACCGGCGUGGACAACCCGGGCCACCCGUUCAUCAUGACCGUGGGCUGCGUGGCGGGCGACGAGGAGUCCUACGACGUGUUUAAGGCGCUCUUCGACCCCAUCAUCGAGGACCGGCACGGCGGCUACCAGCCCAGCGAUGAGCACAAGACCGACCUCAACCCUGACAACCUGCAGGUGGGGGCCGGGUCGCCUUCGGGGCUCGGGGCGCGCGGGAGGCUCCGGGGUCCGGGGUCCGGCGCUCACUCGCCCCUGCCUCCCUCUCUCCGUCCGUGCCAGGGUGGCGACGACCUGGACCCCAACUACGUGCUCAGCUCGCGGGUGCGCACCGGCCGCAGCAUCCGCGGCUUCUGCCUCCCUCCUCACUGCAGCCGCGGGGAGCGCCGCGCCAUCGAGAAGCUGGCGGUGGAGGCCCUGUCCAGCCUGGACGGCGACCUGGCCGGUAGGUACUACGCGCUCAAGAGCAUGACCGAGGCGGAGCAGCAGCAGCUCAUCGACGACCACUUCCUCUUCGACAAGCCCGUGUCGCCGCUGCUGCUGGCCUCCGGCAUGGCCCGCGACUGGCCCGACGCCCGCGGCAUCUGGCACAAUGACAACAAGACCUUCCUGGUGUGGGUCAAUGAAGAGGACCACCUGCGGGUUAUCUCCAUGCAGAAAGGGGGCAACAUGAAGGAGGUGUUCACCCGCUUCUGCACUGGCCUCACGCAGAUUGAAACACUCUUCAAGUCCAAGAACUAUGAGUUCAUGUGGAACCCGCACCUGGGCUACAUCCUCACUUGCCCGUCCAACCUGGGCACCGGGCUUCGGGCAGGCGUGCACAUCAAGCUGCCUCACCUGGGCAAGCAUGAGAAGUUCCCUGAGGUGCUCAAGCGACUGCGGCUGCAAAAGCGAGGCACAGGUGGUGUGGACACAGCUGCCGUGGGCGGGGUCUUCGAUGUCUCCAAUGCAGACCGCCUGGGCUUCUCGGAGGUGGAGCUGGUGCAGAUGGUGGUAGAUGGGGUAAAGCUGCUCAUCGAGAUGGAGCAGCGGCUGGAGCAGGGCCAGGCCAUCGAUGACCUCGUGCCUGCCCAGAAGUGAAGCCUGGCCUGCACCACCACCAGCCUGCUGCUUCCUAACUUAUUGCCCGGGCACUGCCCGACAAGCACCCCUGAUAUUUGCCACCUGGCGGCUGAGCCCUUAGCUUCACUGUAGAGACUUCUGUCACCCUGGGUAGAGUUUAUUUUUUGAUGGUUGAGCUAUUGCUGAUGCUGAAAUAAACUAGGGUUUUGGCCUGUGC